AGGCCUGGCGUCGACCGUCUUCCCAGAUCCCCUCUGCGUCCUCUCUCAUCGAAUCGUUCAUGGACUCCAAGGAUGGAGCAGCGCCCAGGAUGAGGCAUCUGUCGAUAAGAACGGCAAGACAGAGUGACCCGGCCGAUGGAUCUGCCGGGGAGGAGGUGGUGGAGGGAGGAAGGGGAGGAGCAGUGAAAGAAGGAAGGCGUCUUGAGGGAGAGAGAAGGGGGGAGGAGGAACCAGUGAGCCCGGGCGGACGGCUGUUCCACCAGCGAGGCUUCGACUGCUAUAUCGUGGCGAUCAUGGGGUACGCGAAGCCCAUCGACGUCGGCGUCGUGAAGUCCGGCUUGGAGAAGACCCUCGUCCGCCACCCCCGGUUCUGCAGUAUUCCGGUGGUUUUGGACGAGACCGGAGGGACGAAGUCAACAUGGGUGCCGGCGAAGGUGGUGGUGGACGACCACAUCGUGAUCCCGGACCUGGCGGACCCACGUCGCAUCACCACCUCCCCGGACCAGCUAGUGGAGGAUUACAUCGCCUCCCUCACCUGCAUCCCCAUGGACCACUCCCGCCCCCUAUGGGAGCUCCACGUCCUCAACUUCCCCACCUCCGACGCCGCCGCCGUCGCAGUGCUCCGCCUCCACCACUCCCUCGGCGACGGCGUCUCCCUCAUGUCCCUCCUCCUCGCCUGCACCCGCAAGUCCUCCCACCCCGACUCCCUCCCCACCGUCCCCAGCCACUACUCCCGCAGGCCACCCGCUCCCAAGAGGCUUCAUGCGCGUGUUUUCACGCUCCUCCUGUGGCUCUGGGCCUUUCUGAUCCUGACGUGGAACACGCUCGUCGACGUCGUCUGCUUCACGGCUACGUCCAUCUUCUUGAAGGACACCCCGACGCCGCUCAUGGGGUCCCAGGGCGUGGAGCAGCGUCCCAAGCGGAUCGUGCACCGGUCGGUGAGCCUCGAUGACAUCAAGGACGUUAAGAACGCCAUGCAUUGCACAAUAAACGAUGUACUGGUGGGUGUCACAUCCGCGGGGUUGUCUCGUUACCUUAGUAGGAGACAAGAGCAGAAUUCCAAUGACGAUGAUAAGAACAAGAACAAGAAGAAGAAGGAACUCCCAUCGAACUUACGUCUCAGAUCAACCCUGCUCGUUAACAUCAGGCCGGCUCCGGGGAUCCAUGCUUUGGCUGAGCUGAUGGAGGGCAGGGAUGAUGGCACCAAGUGGGGGAAUUUGAUUGGUUACAUCAUCCUUCCCUUCGAAAUCUUCAACCAUAAGGACCCUUUGGAUUACGUUCGCAGAGGGAAGGCGAUUGCGGACAGGAAGAAGAACUCAUUGGAAGCCAUCUUCACGUAUAAAAGUGCAGAGCUCGUUGUCAAAUGUUUGGGCAUCAAGGCAGCAGCUAAGCUGUGUCAUAGAAUGCUCACCCACACGACGUUGUCAUUCUCAAACAUGGUCGGGCCGGUUGAGGAAAUCGAAUUUUUCGGUCACCCACUAGUCUACCUUGCUCCCAGUGCAUAUGGACAUCCACAAGCGCUCACCAUUCAUUUUCAGAGUUACAUGAACACGAUGAAGAUAGUUCUAGCAGUCGAUGACAAGGUGAUAUCAGACCCUCACCAGCUUCUGGUUGACUUUGCUGAAUCCCUAAAGAUCAUCAGGGAAGCAAUUCCAGCCAGAUCAUAGGAAGACACAAGAUCUCGUGCUAAUUGAUUGGGGCACAGACACCCAAAAGAAGACAUGAAGAACUAUAUAUAUAUUUGUUUUCUCUGAAUUAUCUGUUUGUAAUUUCACCUCUUGUGCGGUGGUGUGAGGGAAGAAAUCAAAGACACUGUAUGGUCCCGCAUCGAAGCCUGGGUGCACGAUUCACUUUCCCA